AUGGCCAAUUCUAUUUCCAUUUCCAAGUCGAGGCAAAGGGCCGACUGGCUCAACAAGGCCACGGCCAGGAUGCCGGGCGUCGUCGAACACAUCGACAGCCUCGUCGAGGCGGCCGUCGCCCAGGACGCCGUGCUGUUCCGGCAGCCAGGGCUCAAGGUCGUCGCCGCGCCUUGGGAUACGACGCCCUCGGACGCUGUCGCGUACCUGCACCAGUUCAUCGCCACGAGCAACCGAGGCCGCCCCGUGAAACUGCCGACGGUCCAAGACUGGGGCCAGAGGUACAAGGCUCUCUGUCCGGUCGAGAUACUUCAGCAAAUCAACGACCUGUAUCACCGGACCUACGGGACCGACGGCAUACUGCUUGCAAGCCGUGGUGCGAGACGCUGA